GCGGGCGCGGAGCGGAGCAGCGGCGGCGGCGGCAGCAGCAUGGAGCGGGGGCUGCGCGUCUUCGGGGACCCCAAGGUAGAGCUUCACGUCCACCUGGAUGGAGCAAUUAGACCAGAAACAAUCUUGCACUUUGGCAGGAAAAGAGGGGUUCCUCUCCCUGGCAGCACUGUUGAUGACCUCCUGAAGCAUGUCAGCUACAAAACGCCACUGACACUUACACAGUUUCUAGAAAAGUUUAAUCACUACAUGCCUGCCAUUGCGGGUGACCGUGAGGCGGUGAGGAGGAUCGCCUACGAGCUCGUGGAAACGAAAGCAAAAGAAGGUGUCAUCUACGUGGAGGUCCGGUACAGCCCUCAUCUCCUGGCCAACUGCCGCGUGGAUCCCAUCCCUUGGGGCCAAACCGAGGGAGACCUCACUCCAGAUGAAGUCGUUAACCUCGUAAAUCAGGGACUACAGGAUGGAGAAAGGGAUUUCCGCAUCAAAGCCAGGUCUAUUCUAUGCUGCAUGCGUCAUAUGCCAAGCUGGUCUCCGGAGGUGGUGGAGCUCUGCAAGAAGUAUCGAAACAACUCUGUGGUGGCCAUCGACCUGGCUGGGGAUGAGUCCCUGAAGGUGGAGAAUUCCUCCGAGCAUAAGAAGGCUUACGAGGAAGCUGAAAGAUGUGGGAUUCAUCGCACCGUCCAUGCUGGGGAGGCUGGCCCGCCUGCCAUGAUCAAGGAGGCAGUUUAUCUCCUGAAGGCCGAGCGCAUUGGCCAUGGCUACCAUGUCCUGGAGGACCCUGAGCUCUACAAGGAGCUGUUGAGAGCAAAGAUGCAUUUUGAGGUCUGCCCUUGGUCCAGUUAUCUCACUGGAGCAUGUCUUCCAGACUUCGGGAAACACCCUGUAGCACAGUUUAGGAAGGAUCGUGCUAACUAUUCUAUAAACACGGAUGACCCCCUCAUCUUUAAUUCCAGUAUUGACAAGGAUUACAGCAUAGUGAAGGACUACAUGGGCUUCACUGAAGAGGAGUUCAAGAGAGUGAACAUCAACGCAGCUCAGUCCAGCUUCUUACCUGAGAAGGAAAAGCAGGAGCUGCUUGACACGCUGUAUGAAGCCUAUGGGAUGGUCCCCAGUGCAUCGUGAGCCAUCCCUGCGAGCCAGCAUGGAGCAGUGGCCCUUCUUCAUGCAUGCUUGACUCUCCUCUGUGCUAGUGGGAGCACUGGGAGAAGGUGCCCAGAGUCAGUCUCUAUUACUGGCACCCCUGUGUUAACCCUUACAGUGCUAAGCAGAAUCAGGCUAUCCCAUAUACCUACCUAUCACUCCCACAAACUCUCUCCCAAAUGGAUAUCCAGCUUCCUAUCUUGUUGUUGUGCAAGCAGGCUGAAACUGCCUCCUGGCCUGACUCCCUUCUCCAUCUGCCAGUCUUUCUGUACUGCAAAUGAGAACAGAAGAACCUCCCCUCCUUUUUUUUUUUUACCCUCUUCCCCUGCUUUAUCUGUCCUGCCCCGCUGACCUGCCUAGCCCUUGUCUGCAGUGCAGAAAUAACCACCUUUAACUGUGACUGUGGCCUGGGUUAAUCUUCACCUUUCUAGGAAAAAGGUUUGUUAGCGCUGACAGGGAGUGAGCAGGCACUUCAGAAGCAGAGGCUUUAUUCUCAUCCAUGUGGGUAGGAGGGUUUGGCCCCAGCUGUAUUUACCCAGC